AUGAUAUACAAAAUAUUAGCAAUCCUUCAGUUAUUAUUUUUAUCAAUCUAAUAAUGCUGUAUUAUAAGUCUUAUAAUUAGAAAAAUUAACGAGUGAAUACUCAAUUUAUGCAAGUGUUGAAGAAGUAUAUGAAUGGAACAUAAGAGAAACCUUUUUUUAAGGAGAAGAUUUGGUUUUUUCUCUAGAUGAAAUGCCGUCAAAAUAUUUCAGCAUCAGAUAACCAUUGUCUGAAUUGGAACAUCCAACAACACAUAAAACAUGUAAUUAUAAAAUAAAAAAUUUUAGAUGGUGAUACAAUAAUAUCAUUAAAGCCUUUUGUCAAUUAAUUAACAGGAGCAUGGUUAAAUAGUUUUGUAUUUAUAGAAUAAGAUGAAAUAUCUGUUGAUAUUUUUUAUUCAUUAGGGUAUUUAAAAUAUCUAAUUUAAGAGAACCAACUGAAAAUAAUAAGGUUCCUUCAUUUGAUAAUUAUAUUACUGUACAAAAAUAGGAUCAAAAUUUUAGAUGUUCAGAUGUUGAUUUUCUAUCUAAAACUAGAUUUAUAAUAGAUUGUAAAAAUUAGAAUAAAAAUUACUUUGUGAUAGUAGAUACAUCAAAAAAUGUAACAUUAAUUGAGAAUAAUUAAACCUAUGAUGCACCAUCCAUUCGAAAAUUAUUGGUACAUACUUUUAGUUAUGACAAUAAUUCAUUAUAGUUGAUAAUAAGAGGAUAAUAUUAAGAAGGCAAAGGGUCGCUUAUUGAAGUUUUUUAAUUUAAAGAUGGGAAUAUUUCAAAAGAUCCAUGGUUAACACUAGAUUCUGAAAGUUUAGCAAUUUUAUUAAAUUAAUAAUCUACUUUUAAUUUUGUACUUUUAGAUAUGUCAGUAGAACCUAAUGGAGACUUAUUUAUUUUAGAUUCAUUUAAUGGAAUAUAUGUCUUAAAAAUAUUAUAGACUUAAAAAUGGUUAGUUAAACAAUGGUCUAGAUUAAAUUAUGAAGAAUAAAUAUAUGCUUUCGACUUUAAUUAUUUAUUUACCUAAAAUGGUUAAAUAGCUUAAUUGGUUUUAGUAUAUGAAGAUAGAAUUUAAUAUUUUUAAAAUAAUUAACCUAAAUCUAUAUUAAAAUUACCAGGAGAUGUAAAAGGACACAAUAUACAAAUAGAAAUUAGUUAAAAAUAUAUAGUUUUAAAAUAUGAAGAAAAAAUAUAUAUAUAUGAUUAGAAUUAGCUCCUUUAUUCAUUUAUUGAAGAUAUUGUUGAUAUUAUUAUUAUCAAUCCUUAUGAACCUGAUUUGAUCGAAGUUAAUUUUUUAAGCACUCAUAGAUUUUUAAUUAGUGAUGGAAUUUUAAGAUUGUAUUAAUAGGAUUCUAAAACAGACUAAUAAUAUAUAACACAGAUAAUUGCCAAAUCAAGAUCUGGAAGUAGUUGUACUGUUGAUUUAAAAAUUCAGAUUGUUUAUAGCAAUGAUACAUAACUUUAUGAAACUGGAUACAAUCCAUUUCCAUAAGCCUUAACUAUUCCAUCUGAUCCAAUAAAUAUUGAUCUAUUAGCAAAUUGGACCAGACAUUUCUUAUCAUCCAUUAGAAGAUUAAUCAUCUCAGAAAAUUUAUAUUGA